AUGAGCGCGACGUUAGCGCUGCUCUCGAUCGCCCCGCGCACCUCCUCUCGCGGCCUACCGCGUCGAUCCGGGGUCGGGGCGCCGCGUCGCAGGCGAGGCGAUCUGGGACGAAACGAUGCCAAGUCAUCACCCUCCGAGUCGUCGCUGAACAACAAGGAGGAGAAGGUGCGGCGACGCCAGGAGGAGGCCGACGCCGUGGAGGCGGCCUGGAGGGAAGGCGGUGGGCUGCUGGACGGCGCCGACGAGGAGUCUGUGGUCCGAACCGUGCGGGGAACGGUGCAGGUCGCCCGGCACUACGAGCAGCUCAUCGAGCAGCAGGUGUUCAACCUGGCCAAGUACGGCGAGGGCGAGGUGCUCCCCGAUACCCACAAGGACCCGGUGUGGGUGGCGCAGAGGCUGUGCAUGCUCCAGAAGCUCACGAACGUCCCGCCGCAGUACGUGCCGGACAUGGUGGGGCAGAGCGGCGCUGGGGUCCUUUCGCUUACGCCGGCGUCCGUGCUCAGAUCCAUGCUCGCGGUGAAGGACCUGGUGCCAAACGGCGACGCGUCUCACAUGGUGCGCGUGGAGCCCGACCUGUUGCUGACCGACACGACGCACCUGGCGUACAGCGGCGGGGACGUGAUGCGGACGCUGAGGGAGAUGCCCAUGCCGGAGCCCUGCGUCCGUCUUCUAGUCACCGAGGAGCCCGGGUUGCUGCUAGGUAAGGGGGGAUUGGUUCGCAUGGAGCAGGUCCGGGACCAGGUCGAGGAGCACAGGGAAAACCUCCGGGCCAUAUGCGAGGGGGUGCCGGACGACGGGUGGCUCGACGUCAGGGCGCAGCGGUGGUUCACAAACUUCUUCUGUGGGUACUAUUGA